AUGGCGCAAUCCCAUUCCCACGACGGUGGAGCAUCGCAUACCCAUGACUCCUCGGGGCCUGUGGGUUCUGGCAAGACCGCACUGAUGCUUGCCCUCUGCCUUGCCCUGCGCGAGAAAUACAACCUUGCUGCCGUCACAAACGAUAUCUUCACGCGUGAAGAUGCCGAAUUCCUCACACGCAAUGCCGCUCUGCCUCCGUCCCGAAUCCGAGCCAUUGAGACGGGCGGAUGCCCCCACGCUGCCGUGCGGGAGGACAUCUCGGCCAACCUCGCCGCGCUGGAAGACCUGCACCGCGAAUUCGGCACAGAUAUACUGCUCAUCGAAAGUGGAGGCGACAACCUGGCCGCAAACUACAGUCGUGAGCUGGCCGACUUUAUCAUCUAUGUCAUCGACGUGGCUGGUGGUGACAAGGUUCCUCGCAAAGGAGGCCCAGGCAUCACGCAGAGUGACCUAUUGGUGGUGAACAAGACGGAUCUUGCAGAGGCCAUUGGAGCGGACUUGGGUGUUAUGGAGCGCGAUGCGAGAAAGAUGCGCGAAGGCGGCCCAACCGUCUUUGCUCAAGUCAAGAAGAAUGUCGCUGUGGACCACAUUGUGAACUUGAUCUUGAGCGCUUGGAGGGCUAGCGGCGCAGAAGAAGAGAGGAAGAGCAAGGGCGGCCCCAAGCCAACAGAAGGUCUCGAACAGCUCGCCAAGUAA